AUGCCGUUUCGAUCAAUGAUGGCCAGUCAUGCAAACACGCCUACACCUUCAGGAAACCUUGAGCUCUCGACCACUCCUCGGCCAAACCACAACACGAGAAGAGGGCGAGGUUUGGCUCAUUUGGUGUCCAAGUUCGAGGUCUUGGAGUUAAUGUCGCGUCAAGGCAAGCCGGCGCCAGCGAGCCGGGGCAGCCUAGGUGGCCGUGUUGACUCUACCACGGAGCUUAAUAAGUCAGCGUCUCUUGUGUCAUCCGAGUCGAAACUGUCUUGCUCCACGCCCCCAAAGAGCUGGAAGCUCAGACGAGCAAGGGAGGACAUGGAAACAUCGUUGGUAGGCUCCGGGACCGUGCUUCCAGACAGAGAAGGCAAUCGCGACGAAAAACGGCCUUCCAUGGUUGCAGAACGACGAAAACUAUUUGAAGUCGAACUUGGCAACUCCAAAAAACGCAGUGAGUGCUUCACCGCUGACAUUCAUGCUAACGGCGGCAAACUGUCGCCUGCUACUAACCAGUCCUACCGGGCAGAUGAGGUGCCUGCGAACUCGGGCCAUGAGGCUAUGCGGGUUGGCCAGAAACCGCCGUUGAUGACCAGAUGGCAGACCGUUCGAGCUAGGUCACCGCUGGCAUGCAUGGCACAGAGUCAAGUCGCUGUUCUCUCUCGUCCAGCUAUUCCAAAUGUGUCCAUGCGAUUGUCAGGGUAUCUUCCCAUGUCUUCCACAUGCCCAUUGCUCCCGAAUACACUUGACCUGACAAAGCCCCAUUCGCUGUCGGACUGCUUCCAAGAGGCUGUCAGUGACGAUUGCUCGAGUAAAGGGUGCAGCUCGAUAACGCCGAGGUGUCGCUCAUCAACACCCUCGUCUGCAGCAGAAAGCCAACAAGAGCUCACUGCACGGGUUGGAAAUGCGUCUCCCAAGUCCCAAGGCCCGAACGAAGUUUGCCAUACUCCUCGGGCAGCACAUUCGGCAGUUGACGGAAGCCCAGGCAAAGACGACGACGAGCAAAACACACCGUCAAGGAAAAGCGGCAAAAACGGUCUUCUUGCUGGUGCAACAAAUGAUUGUCUGCACGAUGAUUCGGGAAGAAUGGCGGGACUCUCUCCAUAUAUUGCUUCGAUGAGCACAUGGCCUUCAAACAACGGCUUGGAGAGCUCAGGGCCCGACCCAACCCUAAGCCAUGGGCAAUCUCAAAUCAGGCAAGGUUCAUGCAAACCAAAAGAGAAGCUUGUGAUGAGCGCAAUUGCGAGUUUCGAAGCUGUAUCGAAUCGUUCAUCUGAAGAAACGACUCCACGAAUCAGCAGCACCAUUGAGCAUUUUGAAUCGCUCAUUUCCGGGGAUCAAACAAGCCAGAGGCACAAGACUAGUCUACAGAAAAAGAAGAAAUUGACGGCGUCGUCAUCUUGGCAGCCGAACAAGGCCGAUGGAAGGUUGAAGACGUCGACCAUGGAAUUAGCCCGGCGGAAGUUCUCAAACUCCUGGGGUCCAGCACGGUUCAAGAAAAUCCGACCAUUGUGCGACGACGAGAGCGCAAAAGAUCUCUGUUACAAAAAGCCCAGCCAGCGCCGAUGGGAACAAAGCAACAUGCCAACUGAUGGAAGCGUUCAUUCAAGGGAUAGAGAUUUGAGCGAAUGGUCAGAACGGCGGGAACACGCCGGCUCAAGAAUCAAAGGACAGUGCAUGGAACCGAACGACAGCCCUGGUAGCGACGUUGAACCCGGUGAGCCGUCGGCACAGCGUUGCAACCUGACUUUGGAGAACGUCACUGGACAAUCCGGCAAAGGCAGCAGCAGAAAACGGCAGCCGAGCGAUUGGCGUGGCAGCUGGAGACUGUCGAGGCGGCGCUGGGUGUCUCGAAGCAGCAUUCCACUGAUUGCCCAGGCCGAAUGCACUCUGGAGCAACCGAAGCCGGUACGAGUCAACGAAGUGAGGCGACUUGUCAGUCUUUGUCGAGACAAAAUGACGGGAUGGAAACACCGCGCCCAAAACUGA